CAUUAGAAACAAUUCUCUUCUAACAGAGGCAGCUAGCUCAACUUGAUCUUCGGCCAUGGACUUGGAAUCUAAUUACGAAAUUGCCCCCACUGCCGAUUUCAUCUACUCCCGCAACUUCACCAGAGUCGCUUUACAGUUUCCAGAUGAUUUAUUGAAGGAUUCCACGCGAGUGGUGAGAGCUCUGCGUGAACAACUUCGGUCGCUGAGAAAAUGCAGUACUGAAAACAGUGGAGACAACAACAAAGAUGUUAGAUUAUUUGUGAUGGCAGACACAACAUUUGGUAGUUGCUGCGUAGAUGAGGUUGGAGCAUUGCAUGCCGAUGCUGAGUGUGUUGUACAUUAUGGACAUACGUGUCUCAGCCCGACAACAACACUUCCAGCAUUCUUUGUUUUUGGAAAGGCUUCCAUUAGUGUGUCCAAUUGUGUUGAAGAUCUUUCGAAUUAUGCUUUGACCAAUGGCAAACGUGUUGUGGUCCUUUAUGGGCUGGAAUAUGCACAUUCAAUAAAGCAUAUUAGAGAAGCACUGGAAGAGGCAUCAAGGUUAUCUCAGUCCAAAUAUAAAUCAGAAAUCCAUUUUGCUGAUGUUAAGUGUUCUGUUAUGAAUCCAUCUGAUGAUCAUAACAACUCCAAUGGGCUUGUGGGACCAGCUAGUGACUGUACUGAUAAUAGCACUUGUGGGACAACAUCAGCUAAUAGCUAUAGUAUUGGAGGCUUGACCUGGAGCAUACCUGACGGACAAAGAAUGGAGGACUACUUGCUAUUUUGGAUUGGUUCUGACAAUUCAGCAUUUGCAAAUGUUGUGAUGACAUUUAAUGGCUGUGAUAUAGUCAGAUAUGACGCAAUGGAGAAUUGUUUGGUGACGGAUGUAUCUCAACAGAAAAGAAUUCUUAAGCGCCGAUAUUACCUGGUGGAAAAAGCAAAGGAUGCCAAUAUCAUUGGCAUUUUGGUGGGAACUCUUGGUGUAGCUGGUUACCUACGUAUGAUUCAUCAGAUGAAAGAGCUGAUCACAGCAGCAGGGAAAAAGGCCUAUACUCUUGUUAUGGGAAAGCCAAACCCUGCUAAACUUGCCAACUUUCCUGAGUGUGAUGUUUUCAUUUUUGUCUCCUGUGCCCAAACUGCUCUUCUGGAGAGCAAAGAAUACUUAUCUCCAGUUAUUACUCCAUUUGAAGCUGUGCUAGCUUUCAACAGAGGAAGUCAGUGGACAGGAGAAUAUGUAAUGGAAUUCCGGGAUUUGAUCAAUUCAUGUCCAGUGGAAGUGAGAAAUGGGUCAGAAGCACGGUUUUCCUUUUUCCAUGGUGGAUAUGUAGAAGAUUUUGAUCUGCAAGAAGAGAAUGGUGGGGAAGACAAUGAGGGGACUCUUGCUUUAGCCAAUGCAACAGAUAAGGUUCUGCAAUUGCGUGACAAUCCAAAGUCUGUAAUCAAAGGAACAGCUAAAUCUGGACCGGAGUUUUUUGCAGCUCGAUCUUAUCAAGGUCUAGAAAUGCAUCAUGAUAAUUCCUCGCCAGAACCAUUUUUAAUUGGGAGGAGUGGGAGGGCAUCAGGAUAUGAAAAUGAGAAAAGCAAACAAGAGGAGGAAUUAUGAUCAACACUGUAGUUUUGGAAGCAGAGAGAGUAAAAAAUGGAUCAUAUUAGUCCCAAGAUGGGUCAAUGCUUGAGGAGGAGGUGCAUGCAGACUAUGCAGUACUCUGAUGACAGGGAGAAAAGUGCAUAUUUUACAACGGUUGUGAAUCUAGAAAAGCUAUUCUUAUUACAUUAUAUUUUUUUUUUGAAUGGAUGAUAUAGAUAUUCUUAUUAUAUUAUUUAAGAGGGCUGUAGAUAAGUUGAGUUUGAGCUUAUCACAAAAUGAAAUUACAUGUUA